AUGUCACCACGCUUCGACUCCCCACCUCCUCCCGGCGACUCGACAGGACAUCCAGAUGUUGGCGAUGACUCUUUAUUUGCAAAGCCCCGCCCACGGCCGGCUAGAUCAUCGGCGGAAACUCGGGAGAUACGAACGCGGAACCGGAGGAGGGAGUACCUAGAGCGGAAUCCGGGGUAUUUCAAGUCUACUGAGCAUGAACUUGCUGAUCCAAUCUUAUACGACUCUCUCAUCAGGCGAUUCCAAACUCCCGCCGAGCGAGAAGCAGAAAGCAAGGAGAAGGGGUACGCUCGCGUGUUAGAGGGUUCACUGCUACGAGGGGAGGAGAAGCUUGCUAGGCUAGCGGCAGCGACGACGACGACGACGACGACGACGGAAACAGGUGGUAGUUCUGGCACUGAAGGCGGCGAGGAGGAGGCAUCAACAAGUACGGGAAUCGAGGGGGAAAUGGAAUGGCAAGGGGAGACAACGACAACGACGACGACAACCGUCACGCAGGCUCCGGUCCAGACGAUGCCGACAUUGGACAAACCAACGCCAGCUUCCACAACCACAACCACAACCACCUCGACAAUGUUCGCCACCUUCACCGCCCCAGCCCAACAGCCGCUACCUCGCUUCGGCGGCUUGAGUUUCGGCGAGCCAUCUCCAUCUUCAUCUUCACCUACGACCAGCCAGACCAUGCGGCGCCCUCCAGCACCACCGACUGCAUCAGCAACCGAAACUACUAAAAACCUAGCAGCACUGGCACUAACAGGCACCGAAACCCCCGCCCAAACCCGCGAACAAGGCCAAGAGCAAUGGCACUCCUUCCUCCGCGAGCGGUUCGUCCGCGGUGGAGAUGAGGAUUUCGAUUACGCCGGGCUGGUGGAUAACGAUGACGAGCUGGAUACCCUUGAACGAAGAGAGGAGGAAGAGGCGUGGUUUGAUGAGGAGGAGCCUGAUUGGGCUAGUGAUGGUGAUGGGGAGGAGGGAAGGAAGGUUGAGAGAGUGCUGGAGGGAGAGACCGGGGUGCAAGACUUUUGA